AAUCGUCGGACAAUGAGUAUUAAAGGCAUUAAUUUCAGUAACAGAUUAAUUGAAUUUGGCAACCUAACUAUAAUCUCCUAGUACAAUGCAAUAAAUCAAAGCUCACAAGAUAUGAACGUCUAACAAAUAAUACAGUAUCCGGAGCUUUUCUAAAUUUCAAUCUGUAUAUAUAACUCUCUUUAGUCUCAAUUCUCCCUUCAAAUCUCCGUUUUCACAACCCUAUCUGUAUGAUCACUUUACCACUAACAAUAAAGAUGAAGCGCAACUGCAACUUGGAACUUUGCCUUCUUCCUUCUUCCUCCUCCUCCUCCGCCGCCGCCUCAGAGCCCGAGUACGGCCACCCCCACCACCUCCAAAACAUGGAUCAAGAAUCAAGUUCAAGCCAGCACAGUAGUCAACCGUCUCAACAGUUAACGAUGUUCUACAAUGGAAGGGUUUGCGUUUGCGAUGUUACAGAGUUUCAGGCGAGGAACAUUCUAUUGUUGGCGAGUAGAGAAAUGGAAGAGAGUAAAAACGGCGACGGGAUCAGAACAGGCGUCACCGCCUCUACCGUGUCAAUUAUACAGGCUGUCGUCUUCAACUUCACUAAUUAAUAUGAGAGGAGAUUUGGAUUUAAUUUCUUUUAUGUUAAUCAUGAAUCAUGAUAGGAAAUCAAUUAAUAAGGAAAGAUUUGCUCAGAA